AUGAAAGAGAAGUCCAAAAAUGCUGCCCGGACUAGGAGGGAGAAGGAAAACAGUGAAUUUUAUGAACUGGCCAAAUUACUGCCUUUGCCCUCGGCUAUCACCUCGCAGCUGGACAAAGCAUCCAUAAUCAGACUCACGACCAGCUAUCUCAAAAUGAGAGUAGUGUUCCCAGAAGGGCUCGGCGAGGCGUGGGGCCACUCGAGUCGCACCAGCCCCCUGGACAACGUAGGCAGAGAACUGGGCUCCCAUCUGCUCCAGACCCUGGAUGGCUUCAUCUUUGUGGUGGCCCCAGAUGGGAAGAUCAUGUACAUCUCAGAGACAGCCUCAGUCCACCUGGGUCUUUCUCAGGUAGAGCUGACUGGGAACAGCAUUUAUGAAUACAUCCACCCAGCCGACCACGACGAGAUGACCGCGGUGCUUACAGCUCAUCAACCCUACCACUCUCACUUCGUCCAGGAAUACGAGAUCGAGCGCUCCUUCUUCCUCAGAAUGAAGUGCGUCUUGGCCAAGAGGAACGCGGGCCUCACCUGCGGUGGCUACAAGGUCAUUCACUGCAGCGGCUACCUGAAGAUCCGCCAAUACAGCUUGGACAUGUCCCCCUUCGAUGGCUGCUACCAGAACGUGGGCCUGGUGGCUGUGGGCCACUCGCUGCCUCCCAGUGCCGUCACGGAGAUCAAGCUGCACAGCAACAUGUUCAUGUUCCGUGCCAGCCUGGACAUGAAGCUCAUCUUCCUGGACUCCAGAGUGGCGGAGCUGACGGGGUACGAACCUCAGGACCUAAUUGAGAAGACGUUGUACCACCACGUGCACGGCUGUGACACCUUCCACCUGCGCUGCGCCCACCACCUGCUGCUGGUGAAGGGGCAGGUGACCACCAAGUACUACAGGUUCCUGGCAAAGCACGGUGGCUGGGUAUGGGUGCAGAGCUAUGCGACCAUCGUCCACAACAGCCGCUCGUCCAGGCCACACUGUAUCGUCAGCGUCAACUAUGUCCUCACGGACACGGAAUACAAAGGUUUGCAGCUCUCCCUGGAUCAGAUCUCAGCCUCUAAACCAGCCUUCUCCUACACCAGCAGCUCCACUCCUACCGUGACUGACAACAGGAAGGGGGUCAAGUCCAGGCUCUCCGGCUCAAAGUCAAAAUCCAGGACUUCCCCAUAUCCUCAGUAUUCGGGAUUUCACACGGAAAGAUCUGAAUCCGAUCACGACAGCCAGUGGGGUGGAAGUCCCCUGACAGACACAGCCUCUCCGCAGCUCCUGGACCCCGCGGAGAGGCCAGGAUCUCAGCAUGACGCAUCAUGCGCCUACAGACAAUUCUCUGACCGCAGCUCUCUCUGCUAUGGCUUUGCGCUGGACCAUUCCAGGCUGGUGGAGGAGAGGCAUUUCCACACCCAGGCCUGCGAGGGAGGCCGGUGUGAGGCAGGCAGGUACUUCCUGGGAACGCCGCAGGCCGGGAGGGAGCCCUGGUGGGGCUCUCGUGCAGCCUUGCCCCUGACCAAGUCCUCCCCAGAAAGCAGAGAAGCCUAUGAAAACAGCAUGCCUCACAUCGCUUCAGUGCACAGGAUCCACGGGCGAGGUCACUGGGAUGAAGAUAGCGUGGUGAGUUCUCCAGACCCUGGAUCUGCCAGCGAAUCAGGUGACCGAUACCGCACUGAGCAGUAUCAAAGUAGCCCACAUGAACCUAGCAAAAUUGAAACUCUGAUAAGAGCCACCCAGCAAAUGAUUAAAGAAGAAGAGAACAGAUUGCAGCUAAGGAAAGCCCCCCCAGACCAACUGGCCUCCAUUAAUGGAGCUGGGAAAAAACACUCCCUCUGUUUUGCAAACUAUCAACAGCCCCCACCAACAGGGGAAGUCUGCCACGGCUCUGCUCUUGCCAACACUUCACCAUGUGACCACAUCCAGCAGAGAGAGGGAAAGAUGCUGAGCCCCCACGAAAAUGACUAUGACAACAGUCCCACUGCACUGUCUCGAAUAAGUAGUCCCAAUUCGGAUCGCAUUUCGAAAUCCAGUUUGAUCCUAGCUAAAGACUAUCUACAUUCGGAAAUGUCUCCACAUCAGACCGCGGGAGACCAUCCCGCCGUCUCUCCAAAUUGCUUUGGUUCUCACCGGCAGUAUUUCGAUAAGCAUGCUUACACAUUAACUGGAUAUGCCCUGGAGCACUUAUAUGACACUGAAACCAUUAGAAACUAUUCCUUGGGCUGUAAUGGCUCACACUUUGAUGUAACUUCCCAUCUAAGGAUGCAGCCAGACCCAGCACAAGGACACAAGGGAACAUCUGUUAUAAUAACCAAUGGAAGCUGA